AUGUCCGACACUAGCACGCCCGACACUAGCAUGCGCGAGCCUAGCAUGCGUAGCAUUGUUGAGGUUUACGUCGAACAAAUCGAGACGCUUCUGAGAGAAUGCACAGACAUCGAGGACCGCUACCGCACCUGCGGCCUCCAAUACCACAAGACACAACUCUCAGCGCGUCAGUCCUGCGAGGCCAGCGAAGCCAAAGACCGUAUCCUCGAGCUCCGUAAUGCCUUUGACAUUUCCACGCCAGCCCACUACGAAGAGCGUUUCGCUAAUCUCCACAGCCUCAUCACCGGCCUGACCGAGCUGCUCGUGACAGCCCAGCAUCUCCCCUCGAGCGCAUCCGACGACGAAGUCACCGACAUGUUCCUCUCCAAGCUGGAAGAUCCCACUAACUCCAUGCUGGCUGUCAUGAAAGCCCAGCGAGAGAAAAUCUCGCUCCUCCGUGACCAUGUGGUGUACCUGGAGAAAAUCAACCAUGACUGGCACCGCUACGACGACGACCUCAACCGCAUCGUCUGGUACGAUGCCGUUCCGCGCGGCAUCCUGACCAAGCUCGAGGUCCGCGCGAAGAAGGAAGAGUGGUCCCUGUUUUGCGAUUGGCUCGCUGCUUUGCCUGAGACGACGCGCGCGCUUGCGAAUGGCCAGUUGAUGGAGCAUAUUGCGACAAGGCUGCUUUGGCGUGUGGAGGAGGCUUUCGUGCCCGGGGAUGAGGAUAGGUUGAUUGAUUGA